AUGUCUCGUCAUCCAAGAACUCUUUCACAACAAGGCUCAACAACUCGAACCAUCAUCUUGUUGUUGUUGAUAGCCAUGGUAUUGGCACUAAGUACUGCAUCGUAUGGAGUUCAUGCCAUCAACAUUACUAGAAACUUUGCUGAUGUGAUUGAUGCUGCCACAGCUGCCUAUAUCGCCACUUCUGAAUGGAAAACUGCCUUGUCCAAUUUUGGAGUUCCCUACACAGUGCCAACCUGUACUUCCUCACCUCAGUAUCCAAAAAGUUUUGAUUUCACAUCUGACAAGAUGACUUUGUGUUAUGAAUUAGAAACGAAUCCUCCAUGGGACAAGAUUCACGAGAAAGCUGGUAACAUGUUGUUGGCUGAAAUCAACAAGCAAUAUAACAGAGCCAUCACUCCAGUGUUUUUAAAGCUCAACACUUCUAAAUAUGGAUAUUGGGAUACGUUACGAUUUGCAGCCAACGAUGGAACCUGUAAUGUCAUUAUUGCAUCAAAUAAUUGGGAUGCGAAAAGAGCCACUCAAGCACAUUUUCAAUGCAUGUAUGGAUCCUCUGGUUAUGGAUUUUUGAGAUCUGAACUGGAUUUCGACACUCUUUCCUUACAGCAAGAUUCACAACUCAACGAUUCUCGAGUCAUUAUCGGAACCUUUGGAGGUACCAUUUAUGACACUCUCGUGACAAAAAGUUAUCAAGCAGCCAAAGUCAUUCGUGUGAAUAGUGGUUGGGUCGACGUUUUCCAAAUGAUCAAGGACAAGCAAAUUCACGUCAUGAUUGCAGAAGCGACUGAUUUACGAAAUUGGCUCAACUCCAACUCUGGUUCAUGUGCCAGAUGUUAUACCAAAUUAUUUGGAACUCCAUUUUCGUAUUCAUCGUUUGUUUCUGUGAAUAUUGAGAAUACGAGUUCUGCGAUGUUUUCGAGUGUGAACACUUGGAAGAGUGUUUGCCUUUCAUUGGUCGUGUUGAUAAUGAUGAAAAUGAUUGUUUUUUAA